AUGCUCCGGGCGGAAGAAGGAGAUGAGGAAGAUGCCAAGAUGAAGGAGGAGGACGGGAAGACCAAGGAGGACGAGAGCAGGGGGGGCCGGACUUUCUUGGGCCCCCUGGCGGGGCCGGUGCCCGGCCCAACGCCCCACAGGAGGGGCGUCAAGUUUUCGGAGGCCUGGGAGUACUUUCGCCUCGACCGCCACCCCAACCAGUAUGCCAUCUGCCGACUGUGCGGCAGGCAGGUCAGCCGGGGCCCGGGCGUCAACGUGGGCACCACGGCCCUGUGGAAGCACCUGACCAGCACGCACAGGGGAGAGCUGGAGAAGAGCGGCCACAGGCAGGCCUCCCGGCACCCCCGGGCCCAGGGGGCCCGGCCCCCGCCGGUCGGCAUCGAGAGGGACUGGGCCCGGCUCCUGGAGCAGGUGGGAGCCCUGGCCUUUUGGGCCAGCUGGCGGGAGUGGGCCGUGGAGCGGCGGGAGCAGGCCAUGGAGGAGGUGGAGAAGGCCAUCGUGGAGCUGAGGUGGAAGGUGAGGGCGGAGAAGGCGGCCAGAGAGCCGGACAGGGCCCCGGCGGAGGCGGCCCGCCCCUGGCACUUUGCACAGGGGGCACGGCAAACCAGAAGAAGGGUCCGGAGGGUCCGGUGGAUGUCCAGAAGUAGCCGGAAACCGGUGCCCCCUGACUUCCUACUCAUCCGCUGA